CAUGUGGCACUCCCUCUCUCUCUCACAUCCCACCAAAUCUUUCCCCCACCACCGCUCCUCCCAAUCCCGCCGCUGCCAAUGCCUCCUCUGCCCCCAAACGACGGUGAUUCCACCCGCGUCCUCCUCUGUCUCUCUGCACAUCUCGCCGCUUCACGCCUCCUCCUCUCCCUCCUCCCCACACUCACGGUCGCCUCUCCCGAUAGAUCUGGUGCCAGGGUUCGUGGCGCCGGCGGACGGGGGAGCGGAGACGUGCCGGGGGAGGAGUCGAUGCGUGCAUGGUGGGCGGAGGGGAGGAUGGGGAAUCCGUGUGGCGGCCUCGACGAGCAGAUCGAGCAGCUCCUGCAGUGCAAGCCCCUCGUCGAGCACGAGGUGCCGCUUGUGUCUCCUCCUCCCGGCUGUUCCGAGUCCUGGGUGCUUGAUUUUGUGUGUUUCUGGGGCGGGUUCGGCCUUCCUAAGAUUUCUUUCAAGCUCCGCCACUAUGGAAGGCUUGCUUUUAGUUCAGCGAUUGCCAGGGGAUCCAAUAUCUGGCCUCCAUUGCACGAAAAGAAAUUGUUUGAGAGCAUCGUGUUGUGGUAGAACUUUGUGCUUCAUCAGUCAUACAAAGAGCAUGGGAAAAGCUGGUGCAGGUAGUGUCAUUAUAAACAUGAUACUUCCCAUGGAGUUCCUCUCCUCUUAACUUCUUAGGAUCAAAUUGGUUACCUAUAACUACUUACCUAUAACCCUGGUACCUACAAACUCCCGUCUGUUCUAUUUUAGACCAACUCUGUUUUUCUGCUAGUCAAAUAGACCGUAAUACUAGUACCAUUGUGUAGCUAGAUAGAUCAUUGUUGGUUCUGAUGCUUAUUUAUUGACACACCAAGUGUUGUUACAGCCGAUGAUUACUAGUACUACAACAAUAAUACAUCUUCAACCAAGAGUUAAACUGAAAUGACCUGACAGUAAAGGGUACAAUGUUGGUAAUACAUCUGUUGUUGCUGAUGUCUUCUUGCUUGCUUGCGAAUGACCUGGGAAUUAUUUCUACUUGGUGCACAGCCCUUGCUUGUUGAAAUUUGCCUCAAAAGCUUGUAUUCAGAAUCUAUAAUAAGAUUUGGUACUGCCUUGGAAUUCCUUAUCUCCUUUCACUUGUGGUCAUGCCUAGAACUGUAUCCUUCUUAAGCUGGGUUUUCCCCAAUUUCUAGGAUUGGCCUGUUUGGUACUGCUUGUAAUUCAUAUAUACUAUGCUGCUGCUAUAUGCUUUUGUUUCUGCUAUUGUUACUUAGUGCUUUGCUCCAGGCUCUUUGUGAGUUCCUAGUAGUGGUCUUGGUUCAUUGUUUAAUUCCACAAUUUGUGAGUUCCUAGUAGUGGUCUUGGUUAAUUGUUUAAUUCCAGAAUUUGUGAGUUCCUAGUAGGGAACACAUGGACUUGAAGCUGCGGCGGGGACGACGAUGAUAUCGACAUGGGGCUGCGGCGGUUCGACAUCGACACGGGGCGGCGGCGACGAUGAUGACGACAUCGACAUUGACACGGGGCUGCGGCGGUGACGACGACGACGACGACAUCCUCACGGUGCUGCGGCGGCGGCGAUGACGAUGACAUCAACACCAUCAAGCACGGGUUGUGGAGGCGCCGGCGCCGACGACCUAUAGGCGUGGCGUAUAUUGUAUAUAUAUGUAUUAAUUAUCUAUAUCAGAUAUGUAUGAUUGACUGUAUGUAUAAAAUGUACGUAUUAUGAAAUGCAUGUAUGUGAGUACUAUGAAA